AUGAUGGUGAAAAACAUUCAACGGGUGGCGUUAAGAUUCAAGUCGAAGAGUGCCACGAUAAACCCUUCGACCCAGAAGGUGUUGAACCAACUCUCGGCAAUUUCAGCUAACCGGAAGCAGCCCAAGGUAUUGAACCUUUGUGCCGAAGAUUUGGCCAAGCACAGAACUAUCCAAUCGGCAUUCAAGCUUUACACUCAGAAGAAGGAGAAGAAGCAACUGGAGCAGCUCAGAAAACAGUACCAGUCGAUUGUGAAUGCCAUGGAAGAUCUCAAAACUACCCUGCCGAAGCUUUUCGCUUUGGCCAACACUCCCCAAACCAAGAAGAGAUGGCCUCUCGAAAUGAGAGUUCCUACCGAUUUCCCCGCCAAUAAGCCCUGGGUGUACGAAUACGCUCCGUUCAAGAAGCAAUAA